GCUCGCAAUUGAUAACCCAUCCCUUUUCAGUCGUGCACGACUUGUCAUAAAGACUGCAUUUUGGCUCAGACUGCAAUCCAUGUUCAUUUAUGAUGGUUACUUGUACAUAAUACAUCAUACUUGUAGAUAUCCAGCACGACAGAUUUCAAGUGGACUGAGCCACGGCGGCAAGUAGCAAGCAGCAAGCCCCAGGCUCACAUGGAAGCAGCAGCCUCGCCAUCGUGAUUGCCUUUGGUGAAUAAGAAGCAGCACUAGGCAGAUCGAGAAAGAAGAAAUAGCAAUGGCAGACGCCAAAUACCAGCCCGUGUCGCAGGCUGACGCAGGCGACACUCACCCGCAGUCAACAGAACCCGAGCAUCAAUAUUCCACUCCCAUAUCCAACCACGACCAUCAUGACCAAAACUGGCAUUCAUUAGACGAUAUUGUCGCAUCCGACCUUUCCGAAGAAGAUGAAGCAGACGAUGACGCGAUGGCCACACUGAUGAGGAAGAGGAAAUGGAAGCGUGAUGGUGACAACGACAGCGACAGUUCCAGGCUGCGCCGCGCCGGGAACGUGCUGAAAGCUUCCAUUGUAAAGAAUCGUCUGUGUCUGAUUGAUUCUCCUCCAUGGUAUCCGUCUCCGCGAGGCGGUACAUCGGAGACGUGGGCGCACAGCUAUCAAAAGGCGAAGGUUAUGGUGCAGAAUAUGACGCUGCUGGAGAAAGUGAAUGUCACAACCGGCGUGGGCUGGUCGAUGGGAUUAUGUGUUGGGAAUACUGGUCCUGCGAUCGAAGCUGGGUUUCCUUCGCUGUGUCUUCAGGAUGGUCCCUUGGGGAUACGGUUUGCUGACCAUAUCACUGCCUUUCCCGCUGGUUUAACAACCGCAGCUACCUGGAACCGCACCUUGAUCGAAGAACGUGGCUAUUUACUGGGGAAGGAAGCUCGUGGAAAAGGCGUAAAUGUUCUUUUAGGCCCGUCCAUGGGUCCGCUGGGACUCGCACCAGCGGGAGGGAGAAACUGGGAGGGAUUCUCUCCGGAUCCCGUGCUCAGUGGUAUCGCUGCUGCCGACACUAUCAAGGGAAUUCAAAAGACUGGGGUCAUGGCUACUGCGAAACAUUUUGUUCUAAAUGAACAAGAACAUUUCAGACAAGGAGGAGAAUGGCUUCUACCCAAUGCCAUAUCUUCAAAUAUUGAUGACCGGGCUCUGCACGAGGUUUUCAUCUGGCCUUUUGCGGAAAGCAUCCGCGCGAAUGUGGCUAGUGUGAUGUGCUCGUAUCAAAUGGUCAAUAACUCAUACGCUUGUGGCAAUAGCAAACUUUUGAAUGGGAUUUUGAAAGAUGAACUGGGAUUUGAGGGGUUUGUUCAAUCCGACUGGCUUGCUCAGAGAUCGGGUAUAACAAGUGCUCUUGCCGGUCUUGAUAUGUCAAUGCCUGGAGACGGUUUCGCUUGGGCAGAUGGCGAUUCCUUCUGGGGAGAGAAGCUCACAAUCGCUGUCCUGAAUGGGACUAUGCCUAUGGAACGUUUGAAUGAUAUGGUAACUCGCAUUGUGGCCGCUUGGUAUCAGCUAGGACAGGACGAGCCUGGGGACAAUCCAACAUCGCCCAACUUUUCUUCCUGGACAAAUGAUGAAUAUGGGCAUCUAUACGAAGGAUCAGGAGACAAGACAUCUGGCAAGGUGAAUAAAUUCGUUGAUGUUCAAGGCAGUGGAGAUGAAGCCCAUAGUAUCACUGCCCGCAGAGUCGCCGCUGAAGGCACCGUGCUGGUGAAGAACGACAAUGGGAUACUUCCUCUUAGCCCUCAGGGGCAAGGUAUAGAGGGUAAUAUCUAUCAUGUAGGCAUAUUUGGAGAGGAUGCUGGACCUGGGAAAGGUCCUAAUGCUUGCGUAGAUCGAGGCUGCAACCAAGGGACAUUAGGAUCUGGCUGGGGCAGUGGUGCUGUCGAAUUUCCGUACCUCGUUACUCCAUACGACGCUCUGAAAGAGUCAUUCGAUGCGGGGAAAGUCGACGUGCAAGGAUUUCUGACCAAUGAAAUCUCCGACCAAGACCUUCAGCGUCACGAUCUAUGUAUGGUUUUCGUCAAUUCGGACUCCGGCGAAGGGUACCUAAAGUGGGAGAGCGUAAGAGGGGAUCGGAAUGACCUAUAUCUCCAGAAGUACGGCGAUGAUCUAGUCCAGAAAGUCGCCGAUAAUUGUGGCGGUUCUGCUGGCGAUACUAUUGUCGUCGUCCAUGCUGUGGGCCCUGUCAUACUGGAGAAAUGGAUUGAGCACCCACGCGUGAAAGCAGUUGUUCUCGCUCACUUGCCAGGUGAGGAGAGCGGGAAUGCCCUAGCAGAUGUUUUUUUCGGAAGAGUUGAUGCUAGUGGAAGACUUCCAUACACGAUCGGCAGGAGUCUUGAAGACUAUGGUGAGAGUGCACAAGUCCUCUACUUUCCGAAUGCGAUAGUGCCGCAGGUCAAUUUCACGGAUGGCCUGUACAUCGACUACCGGUAUUUCGACAAGCACGAUAUCAGUCCUCGGUAUGAGUUUGGAUUUGGGCUAUCUUACGCUACAUUCGACUACUCGGACCUCACAAUAUCUCCUGUUCGCGAUAAAUCGCUCUUACCACCACCCCGACCACAAGCACCAGUUUCGCCUCCGGAAUACAGCAAGGAAAAGCCAGAUGCAAAGUCCGUCCUAUUCCCAGCUGGGUUUAAAAAACUCCACAAGUAUAUCUACCCGUAUUUAUCCGAUCUCUCAGCGAUCAAGCAGAAGCACUUUGAAUUCCCCAAGGGCUAUGAAACAACACAACCGCUAUCCCCGGCUGGCGGUGGCGCCGGCGGCAACCCGUCGUUAUAUGAGACAUUCGUGAUCGUCACAGUCAACGUCACCAACACUGGCAACCGAACGGGACAAGAAGUUGUGCAGCUGUAUGUGUCGUUUCCCGACAACGUCGAGGAUCGCGAUGACAAGUUCCGUGAGUCUAUCGAAUUCCCUACGCGGGUUCUGCGCGCAUUCGACAAAGUGGAGAUUGCUCCGGGUCGUACCAAAAGAGUCGAGAUGGCACUGACCCGAAAGGACCUGAGCUUCUGGAGCACACGGCGCCAGAACUGGGUGAUGCCUGUCGAGGGGCGAUUCAAGAUCGAGGUCGGCCGCAGUUCGAGGGAUCUGCCGCUGCAGGGCGAGUACUGAUUAGCUAUUAUAUCUUAUAUCGGCUUAGCUGUAAUGGAACGACUACAUACUUUA